AUGCCUCGAAAGCUAGUUACAGUCCGUCAUGUCUCAGCUAUAACACCCAUUCCCGGUGCCGACCGCAUCGAAGCAGCCACCGUUGACGGUUGGACAUGUGUUGUAUCCACCAACGCCUUCAAGCCAGGCGAUCGAGGUGUCUACUUUGAGAUUGACUCUCUCCUCCCGGCCUCGGAUCCGCGAUUCGUCUUCCUAGCUCCGAAGGUCGUCUCUCCCAAUGGCCUCACCCACACACCGGGCAUCCGCGUGCGUACUGUAAAGAUCCGAGGCGUAUUGUCACAAGGUCUCCUCAUGCCGUUGAAUGACUUUCCCGAGAUUGUCUCUCGGCUAGAUACUAUUGGGUCAGAUGGAAUAAAAGACAUAGGGUUCGAGGAUACUCUCAACGUACGGAAGUAUGAGGGACCAGCUACGCCACUCUCUCAAGAUUCAGCACUCAGCACGCCACUUCCAGACUUCCCAUCAUUUAUUCCACGAACAGAGCAAGAGCGUGUACAGAAUCUCCCCGAUGUCUUCUCUACUCACGGCUCAGAGAUCUUUCAGGAAUCGACCAAGAUGGACGGCUCAUCCAUGACGGUAUUCUAUCUCAACAGAUCCAGCCCUUUAUUUCCAACACUUCCAGACGAGAUAAGAGACGUUGGUGUAGGGGUAUGUUCAAGAAACCGAGUUCAGAUAGAGAACCAUCCACGAAGCCAACCUCUAUUCUACACCACUGCGCGAGCGUUGGGACUACACGAAAUGUUGGCCAAGAUUGGUCGCAAUGUAGCUGUCCAGGGCGAACUAUGCGGAUCGAGCGUACAGAAUAAUUUUGAAGGAUUUGCGAAAGGAACACAUUCGUUUUUCCUCUUUGCAGUAUACGACAUUGAUGAUCAGCGGUAUCUACCGCCAAGGGAGGUAUAUGAGAAGUGGGCGCCACUACUAGGUGUUGAGCAUGUGCCUGUUCAUGGAUACAGGACCUUGGAUCAAGUUGGAUCUGCAAUAACCGAUCUGGUAGCACGUGCAGAAGGUAAAGGGGUCAAUGGGCGGAAGAGGGAGGGCAUUGUAUUCAAGCGAGAUGACGGGCUAUUCAGCUUCAAAGCGAUAUCAAACUCAUAUCUGCUCAAGCAUGGAGAAUAA